AUGGGCCGCAGGCAUUCAGCGCGAGGCUCAGCGCCCACUACUACUACUACUACUAUCCGCCAGACGAGUAUCGAUCUAGACUCAGCAGAGCGGCCGUUUGAUAAUAUCAUCAACUUCCGCGAUGUUGGGUCGUCCAUCAACCAGAUCCACGGGUCACGGUUACUUAAAGAGGGGGUUCUAUUCCGCAGUGCAAGACUGGACGAUGCCUCGGAGCGGGACAAGCGGCGGCUCAUCGAUGAGCUGCAUAUUUCGACCGUGAUUGAUUUACGAUCAAGAACCGAACACCAGAUGGCAGCGAAGAAAACGCAGGAGCGUCUCAAGGCCGGUGAUGCCAACGCGCAUCUCCUCGACCUUCCUGGCGUGCAGCGGCACUCGAUCAGUCUAACGGGGCGGGCGUUUGAAAAGUCUCUCCUCUGGCGACUAGACUGGUUCAACUUUUUUAAAGUUCUCUCCCUGGUUGCCUCCGGCUACCGCACCGAUGCCAUCCAUCUCAUCGCCCAGCAGGUGAUGCAACCGCGCGGGUUGAUCGGGUUAGGCCAGGACACGCUCGACUGUAGUGGAUCGGAGAUCAAGAAGAUCUUUGACAUCCUGUCUGCGGAAACGGAUGAAAAACUCGAUGGCGACGAGAAGAAGUCCGUUGAUGGCGGCGGCGGCGGCGGCAGCGGCAGCGACGCAUAUCCCAUCCUUCUACACUGCACACAAGGAAAGGACCGGACGGGUCUGAUCGUCCUGCUCGUGCUGUUUCUUGUCGGCGAUAUCGUCCCCGCCACAGCCAUUAGCGACGACUACGUUCGCUCCGAGCAGGAGCUCAGCGUCGAGUUCGACGAGCGGAUCGUCGAGAUCCGCGCCAUCGGCCUGUCGGACGAGUAUGCCAUGUGUCCGCCUUCGUUCACGCAGGAGAUCAAGGCCUAUCUCGAUGAAAAGUACGGGGGCAUUGCGCCGUACCUGGCUUCCAUUGGCGUUGAUGCCGGCCAGCAAGAGAAAAUAAAACGCCGUCUCUUGCCGUAG